AAAUUUACAUAAAAUUUAUAUAUACUAUUUUAAAAAUGAAAAUAUAUUAAAUAAAAUUAAUUUUUAUAUAUAGAUAUUACUAUUUUUGAGAUAUUUAUUAAUAAAGCUUACAAAUUUACCAAAAUGCCAAAAAUGUGAGAAAUGCGGUGUAUAGAGCGAAAACCAAAAGCAAAGAAAAAGAAUGAUUAGAAAAAGUUAAAAAGGAAGAGUAGUAGUAGUUAGAACGUCAGAACUCAGAGCGUCGCUUCAGAGGAAGCUUUCAACAUUCUUCAAAAAUGGCAGAUUUAAAAAUCGGUCAAACUUUGCCUUCCGAUCCAAAGUCUUCUUCUUUAUUACAAAUCUAACAGACCCAUUGUCCACAAUUCCCUAAACCUACAUAAUCUUCAUCCUCCGAUCAUAAUCUUCAUCCUCCGAUUUCCAAAUGGCUUGUUUUUUGAACUGCGUGCGCUUCGAUGUCACCAAGACGAUCACGGACAAGCCCACAAGCAAAGAAGGAUCUGUAGCCGUCUCCAGCGUCACCCGUUACAGCUGGGAUGACGUUGAGGCUCUCACUUCCAAUUUCUCUAGACUGAUUGGCUCUGGUGGCUACAGCAGUAUCUACAUGGCUCGCUUGUCUAGCUCAGCCAAAGCUGCUCUCAAGGUUCACGUUAGCAGCCACCGUCUUUACAAGAUCUUCAGACUCGAGCUUGAUAUCUUGCUCCGUCUUCAGCAUCCCAAUAUCGUCAAGCUUCUCGGCUAUUUCGACGAUUCAGAGGAAAAUGGGGCUCUUCUUCUCGAAUAUCUUCCUCAAGGAAACCUACAGGAGAAUCUACAUAGCAACAGCAAACAAGUCUUGCCAUGGAGGAACCGCGUCGCCAUUGCGUUUCAGCUAGUUCAAGCCAUUGAACACAUUCACGAGAAAUGUAUCCCUCAGAUCGUGCACGGGGACAUCAAAUCUUCCAACGUACUUCUAGACAAAAACUUCAACUCUAAGCUCUGUGAUUUCGGGUCAGCUAAAGUCGGGUUCUCUUCAAUGGUUCAGCCUUCUGCGAUCUCACCAAGAUCCAGACAUGUUACGAUGGUGGGAUCUCCGGGCUACACAGACCCUCACUACUUAAGAACCGGGGUUGCUUCUAAGAAGAUGGAUAUGUAUGGGUUUGGAGUUGUAGUUCUUGAGUUGAUUUCCGGAAAAGAAGCGCUUUCUGCUGGCAAUGGCGAGAUGCUGGUUCAUGUAGACAUUACAGAAGACAGUGUGAGAGGGUUUUUGGAUCCGAGGAUGUUAAGAGAUAGCAUUGAUAUCGAUGAAGUGAAGACAAUGCUUGGUGUGGCUGCGCUCUGUAUCAGCAGCCCACCAUCUCUAAGACCUUCAGCUUCUCAAGUGACGGAAACUCUCAUACAGAAGAUCCCAUCUUUGAGUUUCCUUGGUUCUGGUAAAAGAGUGUAAUUUGAAGGCAUCCAAUGAUUUGGAUGGCGUUUAAAUUUUUGUUUGAAUAGGGCUGUGUGAAACUAUGUAAAUAACUAAAUACUCUUUGUUUUCUGAUGUGAAUAGGAUGGAUUCGAACUUGUAUUGAGGGGUGUCAA